GGGUGUUGGUUUUUUGUUGGGUUUUGGUUGUUGGGUGUUGGUCGUGUGUGUGUAUUUCUUUUCUCGGAGUAUAAGGGUGUGUCUCAAGAUGCGACUGUCUAUUCAGUAUAUUUAGAAAAAAGUCAUACUUCCUUUUAUUUUUACAGCUGUAUGACACCAUGUAAUUGUCUGCUUUCUUACCACCACACCCUACAGAUGGUUGAAUGCCGCAGCACGAUGGCCACGAAUCCGACAAGAGCAUCAGGACAACCGGGCAAAAUAAAGAAAGACGAGUCGCUACUUGGAAAACUUGGAGGAACGUUAGUUCGUAAAAAGAAGAUCAAAGAAGUGAGUGAUCUUCAGGAAGAGGGCAAGAACGCCAUCAAUGCUCCUCUCCUUCAUGCCGGUUAUGAGAUUCUCCCAGAGGACACACUGCUUGAUGAAAAUGCAGAGAGGACCAUCCUGGAUCCCAAUUCCAAAGAGGACAUCAACUUUAAAGAUCUGCAGAAGGUUCUCAUUGAUUGGAUCAACAGUGAAUUAGAGGAAGAAAGGAUCAUUGUGAAGGAUCUUGAGGAAGAUCUGUAUGAUGGACAGGUGUUACAAAAACUAUUUGAGAAGCUGUCGGGUAAUAAACUAAACGUUGCUGAAGUGACUCAGUCAGAGAUCGGACAGAAGCAGAAACUUCAGACGGUUCUUGAAGCUGUUAAUGGAGUUCUCCGACCGCUGGAGUGGAACACAGAGUGGAGCGUCGACUCCAUUCACUCUAAGAACCUGGUGUCCAUCAUUUAUCUGCUACUGGGACUGGCCAUCUACUACACAGCUCCCAUCCGCAUACCUGAGCAUGUGUCCGUCCAGGUGAUUGUGGUCAAGAAAAAAGAGGGAAUGCUGCAGACGUCUCAUGUCACCAAACAACUCACAACGUCUAGUACAGAAAUGAUGGUCGGAAGGACAGAACGGGAUGCAUUUGACACUUUACUGGAUCAUGCACCUGACAAACUGAAUGUAGUAAAAACGUCACUGAUCACAUUUGUGAAUAAACAUUUAAACAAACUCAAUCUGGAGGUGACUGAACUGGAAUCACAGUUUGCAGAUGGUGUUUAUCUGGUGUUGUUAAUGGGAUUGUUGGAGAAUUACUUUGUGCCGCUGUAUAACUUCUACCUCACGCCAGAAAGCUUUGAACAAAAGGUCCAUAACGUGACGUUUGCUUUCGAGCUCAUGCAGGACGGUGGAUUACAGAAACCCAAAGCACGACCAGAAGAUGUGGUGAACUUGAAUCUGAAGUCCACACUCAGAGUUCUUUACAAUCUUUUCACAAACUACAAGAACUCAGAUUAACAAUAAUAGACUUUAUAUUAACCAAUCUAAGAAAUCUUGCCUUUUGCAUCAGUGUCAUCUGCGCUUACACACAUCCCGACUGCUUUUUGUAUGUAGGAAUGAAAUAUUUUGUAUGAACUGGCUUUUUAUUCCCAGACUCGAAUGUAUUUAUAUGUGGCUUAUUUAUGAAUGUAAUUUUUGCUUGCUUGACUUGCAAAAAUAAGACCUUCUGUUGCUUUAAAUAAUAUAAAGAAUUAA